GGAAGCCAUAGCUGUGGUAAAGUCUUCCUUUUUCUUUGCGAUAAAUCUCUGUUUCUUCUUAGGGCUCUCUUCACUCCAACUAGUAGGGUUUAUGGAGGAGGCGUCGAUCGUGUACCGCUGCAGGAAGUGCCGCCAAAUUGUAGCCACCGACUCGAGCGUCCAGCGCCAUGAUCCAGGCUCCGGCGAGCAGGCCUUCUUCUCGUGGAAGAAGCGAUCCAACAACGACGAUGCCAAACCGCGCGAGUGCUCGUCGAUCUUUGUGGAGCCAAUGCAAUGGAUGAAUGGAGUUCAAGAUGGCAGUGUGGAAGGGAAGCUCUUGUGUAACGUCUGCCAGGCGAGGCUGGGGAGCUUUAACUGGUCGGGGCUACAGUGUAGCUGUGGAGCUUGGGUGAAUCCAGCGUUCCAGCUCCACAAGAAUCGUUUGGAUGCUACUACACUCGUGGUAAGCGAUAGAGAGAAAUAAAAAAAGAACAAGGGGGGAGCUUACUUUUCUCUGAGAAGUUAUCAUUGGAGAAGCAAAUCUUCUUCUCCGCCGGGCACCAAUGAAGCCCAGCACUGUCGAUAUAAUCCAUUUUCAAAUAGAUAAGGGAAAGCCUGUCUCUCCCCUUUUAUCAAGCGUA